AUGCCAAAAGAAAUAAAAUCAUCAUUUCACUGUAAUAUCUGUGAAAAGUCAUUUUCUCAAAAAGGUCACCUGACUAUUCACAAACAUAUUCACACAGGUGAGAAGCCAUAUCAUUGUGAUAUCUGUGGUAAUUCGUUCUCUCAAAUAAAUACCUUGACUAAACAUAGACAUAUUCAUACAGGUGAGAAACCAUAUUGCUGUGAUGUUUGUGGUAAAUCAUUCUCCCAAAUAAAUAAUUUAACUAGACACAAACAUACUCAUACAGGAGAGAAGCCAUAUCACUGUGAUAUCUGUGGUAAAUCAUUCUCUCAAAAUGAUCACUUAACUAAACACAAACGUAUUCAUACAGGGGAGAAACCAUAUCACUGUGAUAUCUGUGGUAAAUCCUUCUCUCGAAAUGAUGAGGUAACUAUUCACAAACGUAUCCAUACAGGUGAAAAGCCAUAUUGUUGUGAUAUAUGUGGUGAUUCAUUCUCUGUUACAAGUCAUUUAACUACUCACAAACGUAUUCAUACAGGAGAGAGACCAUAUCACUGUGAUACCUGUGGUAAGUCAUUCUCUGGAAGUAGAAACUUAAAUACUCACAAACGUAUUCAUACAGGGGAGAAACCAUAUCACUGUGAUAUCUGUGGUAAAUCAUUCUGUCAGAAUGGUAACUUAACUAUUCACAAACGCAUUCAUACUGGAGAGAAACCAUAUCACUGUGACAUCUGUGGUAAAUCAUUCUGUCAAAAUGGCGAAUUAACGAAACAUAAAUACAUUCAUACAGGUGAGAAACCAUAUCACUGUGAUAUCUGUGGUAAAUCAUUCUCCCAAAAAAGUCACUUAACAACACACAAACACACUCAUACAGGAGAGAAACCAUAUUGCUGUAAUAUCUGUGGUAAAUCAUUCUCUGCAACAGGUAACUUAAGUAAACACAAAUAUAUUCAUACAGGAAAAAAACCAUAUCACUGUGAUAUUUGUGGUAAAUCUUUCUCUCAUGGAAAUACUUUAACUGAACACAAAUAUAUUCAUACAGGAGAGAAACCACAUCGCUGCGAUAUCUGUGGUAAAUCAUUCUCUGCAACAAGUAACUUAACUAAGCACAAACGCAUUCAUACAGGAGAGAAACCAUAUCGCUGUGAUAUCUGUGGUAAAUCAUUUUCUCAAAGGAGCAACUUGACUACUCACAAACAUAUUCAUACAGUUGAAAAACCAUAUCACUGUAAUAUCUGUGGUAAGUCUGUCUCUCAAAGAAGUAAUUUAACUACUCACAAACGCAUUCAUACAGGAGAGAAACCCUAUCACUGUGUUAUCUGUGGUAAAUCAUUUUCUCUAACAGGUCACUUAGCUACUCACAAUCGAGUUCAUACAGGAGAGAAGUCAUAUCACUGUGAUAUCUGUGGUAAAUCAUUCUCUCAUGGAAAUACCUUAAUUGAACACAAACGUAUACAUACUGGAGAGAAGCCAUAUCACUGUGACGUCUGUGGUAAACCAUUCUCUCUCUCAACUAAUUUAACUAUACACAAACGCAUUCAUACAGGAGAGAAGCCAUAUCAUUGUGAUAUUUGUGGUAAAUCAUUCUCUCAGAUUGGUAACUUGACUAAACACAAACGCACUCACACAGGAAUGAAACCAUAUCACUGUGAUAUUUGUAGUAAAUCAUUCUCUCAAAAAAAUCAUUUAUCUACACAUAUAUGUAUUUACACACAAGAGUAACUGAAUGAUGUCAAGUCAUUCUUUGAAAAAUAACCAUAAAUAUAUUCAAUCGCCUCAUUGACAGUGAAAAAGUGUUUGAAUUAGUCUCAAUCCUUUAGGAAUCUCAUCAGAAUAUUUAAUGUAUUCCAGUUGAAUUACACAUGUGCUGUUUUACUGAAAAUUUUAUUUAUUGAACUGCCUGGAAUGUGUUACGUUUGCAAAUUGGAUUUUUUUUUCAGUUUAGUGAAAUGUUUAAUUCCUGUGAAUAUAAAUAUGUCUUUUUGAACAGCUACUUGUUUCCAGAAGCAAACCCUGAAAGGAUUUAAAUGAGUUGAACCAAUUCCUCUUUUUAAUGGUUGAGUGAAAGAGCGGCUCAUAUUCUUGCAGUCUUUCUUUGACCUCAUAAAACAGUUAUGUGCACACUCCAGGGACCUUAUAUCAUAUCACUUGACCGAAAACCACCCUAUUGACUGAGAAACACAAUUCUUUUCCAACUACUUGUUUAUUUAUUUUCACUUACCAUGUAACUUUCACCAUGAAAUGUUUCCUCAGGAAACUUAUUUCAUACAAAGAAACUCUGUCAGAAACUUUGAUAUUAACAAGAAAUUCCUAUUUCUUUAAAUUAAUUACUUCUGUUUUGUGUUUUUGUGUAAUAAAUCUACUUAAUGUUGGUACAGACAAACUUCUGGACUAAUUGGGUUAAAUUUAUAUCCUUAUACUUA